AUGUCGGAGCUCACCUUCCCCGCAUCCUCAGCAGAAAUGCUAGAGUCCAGACUUCCACCUUCAACAACACCUUCUGGAACCUCACGGCCGUUUGUGACACUUACAUUUGCAACUUCACUUGACUCAUCGCUUUCUCUGGCACCUGGCGUCCGCACUCGACUCUCCGGACCCGACUCCAAAGCAAUGACCCACUAUCUUCGUUCACGACACGAUGCUAUUCUCAUCGGUGUGUCUACACUCCUGGCCGAUGCGCCUGCCCUCAACUGUCGUAUAACUGGUGCUACAAGUCAGCCUCGGCCCAUUAUCAUUGAUCCUCAUCUCCGAUGGGCCCCUAGCAGCUCCGACAAAGUCCUAGAGGUUUCUCGUCUCGGUAAUGGGUUGGCCCCCUUUGUCUUGACUGGCCUGUCUAGCCAGGACCUGCCUGCUGAAAACGUUGCACUUCUCGAACAGCAUGGCGGCAAGUAUAUUUACGUUCCAACUACACUAGGGCCCAACGGACGUAUGCGCUUUGACUGGCAUGAUGUAUUCAAAGCCUUGCAUCAUCAAGGCCUCUCCAGCGUCAUGGUCGAGGGAGGCGGCCAAAUUAUCAAUUCAUUGCUUGAUACUCGAUAUCACAAUUUAAUUGACUCCGUUAUUGUUACUGUUGCGCCUACUUGGCUUGGUCAAGGAGGCGUUGUCGUGUCGCCAGAUCGCCGUCAGGAUCCAGCAGGUGUCCCAAUUCCUGCUGCACGGCUAUCAAAUGUUUCAUGGCAUCCUUUUGGUGAAGACGCUGUCUUGUGCGGCACGUUACAAGCUUAG